GCGGCCGGGGCGGGCGCUCGGGGCGGGCGCUCGGGCUCCCUCACCUGCCGGCGCCCGGGUCCCCCCCGCACCCCGCCCGCGGGACGCGCCAGGCCGGGCGCCGAGCAGCGCAGGAGCGCAGGAGCGCAGGAGCCGCCGGCCCAGCCGCCUUGGAGCGCCCCGCAGCCCGCGGGGGGCGCCGGCUCCAUGGCGACCGGGCUCGGGGAGCCGAUCUACGGACUUUCGGAGGACGAGGGAGAGUCACGUAUUCUCAGAGUGAAGGUUGUUUCUGGAAUUGAUCUCGCCAAAAAGGACAUCUUUGGGGCCAGUGAUCCGUAUGUGAAACUUUCAUUGUACGUAGCAGAUGAGAAUAGAGAACUUGCUUUGGUACAGACAAAAACCAUUAAAAAGACGCUGAACCCAAAGUGGAAUGAAGAAUUUUAUUUUAGAGUAAACCCAUCUAAUCACAGACUCCUGUUUGAAGUAUUUGAUGAAAACAGAUUGACACGAGACGACUUCCUGGGACAGGUGGACAUACCCCUUAGUCACCUCCCGACUGAAGAUCCGACCAUGGAGCGACCCUAUACAUUUAAGGACUUUCUCCUUCGACCAAGAAGUCAUAAAUCUCGAGUUAAGGGAUUUUUGCGAUUGAAAAUGGCCUAUAUGCCAAAAAAUGGCGGUCAAGAUGAAGAAAACAGUGAACAGAGGGAUGAUAUGGAGCAUGGCUGGGAGGUUGUGGACUCGAAUGACUCAGCCUCUCAGCACCAGGAGGAGCUUCCUCCACCCCCACUGCCCCCAGGCUGGGAAGAGAAGGUGGACAACCUUGGUCGUACCUAUUAUGUCAACCACAACAACCGGACCACCCAGUGGCACCGACCAAGCUUGAUGGAUGUGUCCUCCGAGUCCGACAGCAACAUCAGGCAGAUCAACCAGGAGGCCGCGCACCGGCGCUUCCGCUCGCGCAGGCACAUCAGCGAGGACCUGGAGCCUGAGCCCGGCGAGGGCGGAGACGGCCCAGAGCCUUGGGAGACCAUCUCCGAAGAAGUGAACAUCACGGGAGACCCCCUCAGUCUGGCGCUGCCCCCACCACCAUCCUCUCCAGUAUCUCGGACCAGCCCUCAGGAGCUGUCUGAGGAACUGAGCAGAAGGCUUCAGAUCACUCCAGACUCAAAUGGGGAGCAAUUUGGUUCUUUGAUGCAAAGAGAGCCCUCCUCAAGGCUGCGGUCCUGCAGUGUCACCGACGGGGUCGCCGAGCAGGCUCAUCUACCACCGCCGAGUGUCCCAACUAGGAGAGCACGGUCAUCCACCGUCACGGGUGGUGAGGAGCCAACGCCAUCAGUGGCCUAUGCACACACCACGCCGGGCCUACCUUCAGGCUGGGAAGAAAGAAAAGAUGCUAAGGGACGCACAUACUAUGUCAAUCAUAACAAUCGAACCACAACUUGGACUCGACCUAUCAUGCAGCUCGCCGAAGACGGUGCGUCCGGAUCCGCCACAAACAGUAACAACCACCUAAUCGAGCCUCAGAUCCGCCGGCCCCGUAGCCUCAGCUCGCCGACCGUAACCUUAUCUGCCCCACUGGAGGGUGCCAAGGAUUCGCCCAUACGUCGGGCUGUGAAAGAUACCCUUUCCAAUCCACAGUCCCCACAGCCAUCACCUUACAACUCCCCCAAACCACAACACAAAGUCACACAGAGCUUCCUGCCGCCCGGCUGGGAAAUGAGGAUAGCGCCCAACGGCCGGCCCUUCUUCAUUGACCAUAACACAAAGACUACAACGUGGGAAGAUCCACGCCUGAAAUUUCCAGUACAUAUGCGGUCAAAGGCAUCCUUAAACCCCAAUGACCUUGGCCCUCUUCCUCCUGGUUGGGAAGAAAGAAUUCACUUGGAUGGCCGAACGUUUUAUAUUGACCAUAAUAGCAAAAUUACUCAGUGGGAAGAUCCAAGACUGCAGAAUCCAGCUAUUACUGGUCCGGCUGUUCCUUACUCCAGAGAAUUUAAGCAGAAAUAUGACUACUUUAGGAAGAAAUUAAAGAAACCUGCUGAUAUUCCAAAUAGGUUUGAAAUGAAACUUCACAGAAAUAACAUCUUUGAAGAGUCCUAUCGGAGAAUCAUGUCUGUGAAAAGACCGGAUGUCCUGAAAGCUAGACUGUGGAUCGAAUUUGAAUCAGAGAAAGGUCUUGACUACGGGGGUGUGGCCAGAGAGUGGUUCUUCCUCCUGUCUAAAGAGAUGUUCAACCCCUACUACGGGCUUUUUGAGUACUCUGCAACGGACAACUACACACUUCAGAUCAAUCCCAAUUCAGGCCUCUGUAAUGAAGACCAUUUGUCCUAUUUCACUUUUAUUGGAAGAGUUGCUGGUCUGGCAGUAUUUCAUGGGAAACUUCUAGAUGGUUUCUUCAUUAGACCGUUUUACAAAAUGAUGUUGGGAAAGCAGAUAACUCUGAAUGACAUGGAAUCUGUGGAUAGUGAAUAUUACAACUCUUUGAAAUGGAUCUUGGAAAAUGAUCCUACUGAACUGGACCUCAUGUUCUGUAUCGAUGAAGAAAACUUUGGGCAGACCUAUCAAGUGGAUCUGAAGCCCAAUGGGUCAGAAAUAAUGGUGACAAAUGAAAACAAGAGAGAAUAUAUUGACUUAGUCAUCCAGUGGAGGUUUGUGAACAGGGUCCAGAAGCAGAUGAACGCCUUCUUGGAGGGAUUCACAGAACUGCUUCCUAUUGAUUUGAUUAAAAUUUUCGAUGAAAAUGAGCUGGAGUUGCUGAUGUGCGGCCUUGGCGAUGUGGACGUGAACGAUUGGAGACAGCAUUCUAUUUACAAGAAUGGCUACUGCCCCAACCACCCUGUCAUUCAGUGGUUCUGGAAGGCUGUGCUGCUCAUGGAUGCAGAGAAGCGGAUCCGGCUACUGCAGUUUGUCACGGGGACGUCCCGGGUACCUAUGAAUGGAUUCGCCGAACUUUAUGGUUCCAAUGGUCCUCAGCUGUUUACAAUAGAGCAAUGGGGGAGUCCUGACAAGCUGCCCAGAGCUCACACGUGCUUUAAUCGCCUUGACUUACCUCCAUAUGAAACCUUUGAAGAUUUACGAGAGAAACUCCUCAUGGCUGUGGAAAACGCUCAAGGAUUUGAGGGGGUGGAUUAAGCAUCCCCCGGCCUCGGCCUCGGGGUGGUUGUUCGUCCAGCAAGUCCUGCUUGCACUUUUGCAUUUGCCUAACAACAGACUUUGCAGAGACCAGGCGGAGGAGCAGCCCUGGUGUGGCUCCUGGAGCCGAGCCUUCGCCUGUGACUUGCCCAGGUUCAGACCCGGGAGCCCGGUCCCAGGUCACGUUCCUGCAUUUUCCACCACGAAUUAUCAACUGGUUGAUGUGUACACGAAUUACAUUUCAGGAGGACUUAUUCUAUUUAUGUUGUGCCUCUGUAGGCAAAGCCCUUAAUAAAUAUUUUACAUACUUUAUAAUGACAAUGAAUGGAAUUAAUCACUCUACAGGUAUAGUAUUACAACUCAUGUUUACUUUUUAAAAAUGAUUUAGACCGAUUUUCAGAUUUUAUUUCAUUAUAAUUAAAGAUGUCUCGUGUACUUGGAAAAGUGAGCAUAUUUUUUUUUGUAUUUGAAUUUCAUACCACGUUUCAUGUCAGUGACAUUUUUAUUUUUGAAGUACUUUGACUCCCCGCUCCCCUGCCCUACUCCCUACUUGAUUAGCAUUGGAAGACUGAUUUUUCUCCAAAAACCUUCUACAGAUAAGGACUUUGAAAGCAUUUAAAAUAUAACCAUUAGGCAUAACGAUCAUUUUCUCCAUACUCAGAAUACAAACUGGAUAUUACAUUGUUUUGUACAAAUUUAGCAUACUAGCUGCAGGCCGAGAGAAUUGUAACAAUAGCAUGACAAAUUCGGCGCUGACCCGAAGGAAUCACACCAUUACUCCUUAGAAGUAACUCCGUGUGCCAGAGCACAUCUGAGACAGGAUUGGACUCUCAGAAGAGACAUGACUCCCCCCUCCUUGAUGCUGUACAGUCCUUCUUUUAUCACUUUUUUCUUCUUUGCUGUUUGUGGUAGAAACAUUUGAAUGAACCUUGGCACUGCUUGAUUUGAAACUGUGGAAACCUGAGAUCUGUUUGAUGUCUUAUCUGUACGCGUUCGCUAAUGGUAGCCGAAUAACCAAUUUUUGUUCUAACUGCACCAAUUCUGAAGGCACUUUAUGUACUCCAUGGAGGUCAUACCUGGUUUUGUUUAUGUUUUGUUUUUUUUUUUAUCCGAGACAUUAAAUGUGAUGAUAUUUUUUCUCCCCGCACACAUCUUUCCCGUGCAAUAUCUAUCAAUUGUGAAUCUGGCUGCUGGUGUAGAAAACCUGUCUGUAAAGCUGAGCCUACAGACCUAGUCCUCGCCAAUUGUUCUGUGAUUUCUACACAACUACCGAGAUUAAUGCACACUUAAUCGAACCGGGUUUCCGUGACCUAGGACAUGUUGCAUGCUUCAACACUGUGUACUGCUUGAGUGGUGUCUGUUCUGUGCUGCAUUAAAAGCGAGCGGGAACUCUUGAUUUGACACCCCCGCCCCCGACCCCCCCCCCAGGUCGGUCAGGCUGUGAAGCUGGUGGGGACCGGGAUGGAGUUGGAUUCUUUACCACUUUGUGAGUGUUCGUUGCAGGAUUCCGUGGUGUGUUGUUGAGAGAAGGCCUGAGGGCCAACGUGGGCGCUCAGCAACCCUGCUGUCCUCUUAACCUGGCUUGUCCUAAACCCUGUCGUGACAGGAGCUCUAGAGAUCUGAUCUCUUGCCAGUCCUAGAUAAGACAGAAAAUCGUGGUUUCAGGGCCCCUCCCCGUUUGUUACCUAAGAAGGACCUUUUGAUGUAAGAAACUCAUUUGUUCCCCAGCUCUGGGAGGCUUGUGAGAAACCAUGAAUGUUUGUGGUUGUAAGCGAGCUGCCUUACGAGGUGCAGAGGUCGGAGCCGUCCGAAAGAAGGUGGGUUUCUACGGAGCUGAAGAUUGGCUCCCUUUUCCCAUUGAUUUAAAAAUCUCCAGUAGUGAUCGGAGAACUUAGAUUUUGAGUAAUUAGAAAAAAACAACAUUGCUCAUUACUUUUAUCUACUUGUGGGAUGUGUUUUCCCUUCAGUCACUAUAACGUCUCAAGGCAGAAACCCCCCUCCGUGAAGCCUCUCCUGGGCCGGGGGCUUUCUGUCUAGGACUGGGGCCGAAGGCCGUGCUGGGAUGGAUUCUGAGAGUGAUCCAUGUCGCCAUGGGGGAGGAAGCCCACGAUUCUAGUUGAAGAACUGGGAUUCUACCGUUCUGCAAAUUGUAUAUUCAAAAAAUCAGAAUAUUCGGUGUAAAUGCAAAUUAGGGAAGAGUUAAAAAUACAAAAGAAAAAUCCGUCCUAAAAUCGUUUCCGUUCAAGGAGCAGAUAGGGAUUGUCAAAUACUUGAAAGACCGUAAUUGUGACUGACCAUUCAUCUCCUGCUAACUGCUGGGUUCGGGGUUUUUGUUUUUGUUUUGUUCGGCUUUUAAGCCACAUAAGAUUCCCUCAUCUCAACAAUUCUCAGUGUUUCACUCUUCGUCUAAAAUAGUCCUAGAUCUUGUUUUCUCUGAAUGCUGACAACCACUCUCCAACGUCUUCACGACAGAGUCAUGGGUGGUGGCUAAGAAAACAGAAACAGACUGCCGGUCCUUCCCAUCAGCAGGCCCUGGGCAGCGUUUGCCUCUUCUGGUAGUUACCUUCACUGGCGCUUCUCCCAUGUCCAGGGGCUCUGCACCCUCUGAUCUGGCUAUUUUAGUUCCCUGAAGAAGGUGCAGGUUAUUAUGGGUCAUUUGGCCAUGAAGUUAAGAAGCUAGUCCCAGAGUUAACAACUGCAUGUGAACGUGAGUUAGCACACCUGCCUGUCGGUCCUGGGUAUUUCCGUCCCUGUCCCUUGGAAAGUCCAGAUUAGCUUCCGAGUGCACUGCUUUCCUGGCAGCUGCCUCUGGAACAAGAAGCCAUGGGGCAUUUGUCUGUUUUAAAGCCCUAUUUGCUCUGAGACAUUUUUUGUUACUUCUCUACAGCCAGUCCUGUACCGCAUCGCAAGAAUGUAAGAUGCUUCUUUGAUUUUCGUUUACAAGGCCCUUUGGUCGAACAUCAGAUUUUCCCUGUGGUCAGAUGACAAAUGCUAUAAAGCGACUGACGUGGGUUAUUCCUCCCACAUAAGGAUGCAGUGACGGAUUCUGAGAAAUGGUUUGCAAAAUAUUUGAACCACAUUCUACAUCUCCCAUCACGAGAUAGACAACAUGUGCCGUGGCUCUCUGAUCUUGCCAGAUCCAGACUGGCCCCCCUGAAAGCCAAGUCCAUUGGCAGCAAAUUACGAAUUGUUCCAACGGUUAACGAAUUGCUUAACACCUGACUCUGGCAUCUUCCUAGGUCUUGUAUCUCACCUCUGAACUUUUAAAAUCUACAGGAAGCGUGAGUUGAUUCCCGAGCCCCUCCCCACUGUGCUAGCCAACCUCUUUUCCUUUUUCCUCCUCACCCCCUGGUAUUGACCCACCGGGAGAGGAGGGCACCAGUGUCUGGUUAUCAUUUCCUGCCUCAUCAGUAGGGGGCGGUGCCGCGCAGGGUGACUGCCUGGCCCGCUCCCUUGCUGACCCCCAGGAAAUCGAGCACUACCUCUUGUCUCAUUAUUCGGGCUUUGGGGUACAUCCUGAGAAGUCACGUCAAAACUGCCAAUUUCAGGUCUGAGAUGCGUUUUUAAAAAUCCUUAUGAACUCCACUUUGUAUUUUAGAUUUUAAAACUGGGAAGACAAUGUGAUACACUUUGGACCAUUUUUUAGUUUAUCUAAGCCUUAACGAACAGUGUAUAUACACUUGCAUAUGCGCACGUGUGCGCGCACACACACACACACACACACAUACCCCAAGAGUGUUUUCCGUGUCAGAAGCAAUGCUGUAGCUUUAGGACGUGAGCUUGUGUAAUGUUUUAUUUCAGAAAAGGAUAGCUUUCUAUCGGUAUGAAAUUUUCCAAGAAAACUUCUCAUUAGACAUCUAUCCUUUGUGAAAGAUGCUGUGCGCAGAGCAAUGCAUGUUUAAAAUGCAUGUCUUCUUGUUCGCUGGGUUUAUGUUUCUAGGGAGUAUCAGUAGGAAUCUAACAGCAUUGGCUAUAGACCUCUGUGUACUGCAUCUCAACCUUGCGUCAGAGCAUCGAAAGCCUUUCUGAUGACCAUGACCCUGUGUCUACAGACAUCUGUGUUCCUGUGAUCCACUUUGCCCUUUCACUCGCUGAUUUCACCUAGAUUGUCACGGUUUCCUUCAUGUUAACUUUGCAGAACUAUGAUUUUCCUUUACUCCUACUUAUAUGAGAUGUAUAUACAUGUAUACGUACGUAUGCUGUCCAAAUAUAUACGUAUAUAUUUGUAUGGCAUUUGUACACCUUUCUCGAGAAAUCUGGUUUCGAAUGAGAGUGAGAGCUUAGUCCUUCUACAGUUUUCUCCAAGCUGUGUCCUGAGAUUUCUGACCCUCAGAGCCCGAGAGGACCCCAGGAAAAUGAUGCUAAUGUGCUGUCAUUCCAUAAUUCAGGAUCUUUUACCAAAUGAAACAUGAAAAAAACAGUGACUUUUAAGGUGAAAAGAGUUUCAAGCAUUCCAAAUGAAUUCUCAAUGUUUCAUAACUUUUUAUUAUAAACCCCACCUCCUCAUAAUACAAAGCCAAGUACUAUUUGAUACAGUGAUUACAAACCAAACUACUUUGAAAUUUUUUAAAGACAACUUCUGGGUAACGCUCCUUUUCACAAUCAGAAUGGCUUUAAAAUACGGUUGAAUUUGAUACACACAGGAAACGUUUUUAAGAACAAAUCCUUUUUGCUUUUCAUUUUUCUUGAGAGAUCUUAAAGAGAAAUUGUUAGAUUGUUUUCCUGACAGCAAAAGAGUAAUGUGACAAAAUGAAGUCGUUGUAAAGAAGUGAUACAACUUGUCAAAUAUUUAAUAAAGAAUUAUGGAAGCUGGAACGUUCUCUACA